CCUCCUGGUCCCAAGCCGCUCCCCAUCAUCGGCAAUAUGCUCGAUGUACCUAAAUACAAGCCUUGGAUCGCCUAUCGCGACAUAUCAAGAACAUACGGCGAGAUCGCCUACCUGAACGUCAUUGGGCAACCUAUCCUCGUGCUUGGAAACCACCGCGUGGUGAUUGACUAUCUCGACAAGCGGUCCAGGAUCACCUCCGACCGGUCAGAUAAUGUUGUUGUCGAGCUGUCGGGACAGGACGUCAAUUUUGGCGCAAUUCGCUAUGGUGAUUGGUGGAGGCGCCACCGACGUGUAUUUUGGCAACAGUUCCACCCGGGCGUCGUAACAAAGUAUAACACGGUCCAGUCCGAUUAUGCGCACCGCUUUCUAGCAAGACUUAUUCAGUCGCCCUCACAAGUGACCCAUCACAUCAAGUUCUCACUGUCGGGAAUUUUGCUCAAGAUCACUUAUGGCAUCGACAUCGCUGAUGAACAUGACCAGUACCUCGCGAUGAUAAAGGCCGCGUUUGUCGCGAUAGACCAGUCUACCCCUGGUCACUUCGCGGUGGAGAUGUUCCCGUUUUUGCGAUUUUUGCCCAGUUGGUUUCCCGGCGCCGGAUCACUGAAGUUGUUCGCCGAGUGUCGAGCCGCAAAUCUGCGGUUGAGGGACGUAACAUUCGAUGGAGUGAAGGAAGCUGCGGCACGCGGAGAGACCCGCGAAUGUAUCGCCGCGACAUUGCUUGCAAGAGCAGGCCGGGAGCUUGGACCUGCGGAUGAGGACAUUUUGAGGAAUGUCUGCAGUAUUUUACUCUCAGGUGGCACAGAUACGAGUUCGUCUGUGCUGAGUGCGUUCUUUGUAGCCAUGGCGCUGUAUCCCGAAGUCCAGAGAAGGGCCCAAGCAGAGCUGGAAUCAGUCGUCGGGCCCCACCGCCUUCCCGAGUACAGCGACAGCCCCGAUCUGGUGUACGUCAAUGCUCUCAUCAAGGAGCUGCUGCGCUGGCACCUCGUCCUUCCCCUUGGCGUUCCGCACUUUACGCUCGAGGACGAUGAGUUCCAUGGCUACUUCAUUCCUGCUGGAACCGUUCUCAUUACGAAUCUCUGGUGCGCGGACAUCAUGCACGAUCCCGAAGCGUACGACGACCCCGACGAAUUUCGCCCAGAGCGCUUCAUACGCGACGGCAAACUAGACCCGACCGUGCGCGACCCCAACGCGUUCAUUUUCGGAUUUGGCAGAAGGAUCUGCCCUGGGCGAUAUUUUGCGCAUAUAUCGCUGUUCCUCCACAUCGCGUGCGCACUGCAUGUCUUUGACAUCGGCCCUCCGCUCGAUGAGGACGGCCGGCCGCUCAAGAUCAAGUACGAGCAAAGCCACGGUUUGGUCUCGAAGCCCGAGGACUGUCGGUGCACGAUCAGACCCCGCUCGAGGAAAGCUGAAGAGUUGAUUCUGAAAGCGCAAUCGAAGGCCUUCGUGCCUACGUAGAGUCAAAUAUGCUGCAUCCGUGCAUGACUUUAUCCAUAUAUACACGAGUGGUAUUUGCCAGCCCUCUUCCGACACUCACAUGACGAUGCUAUGUAUUUUCAUAUGAUAAUACCCUCACUAA